AUGACGUCUUCAGCCGAGAUCACUUCGCUGCCCACAGGCGAGCCUGUGCCGUCGUCGACGCCCCCAGCCAACACGAAGAAGGCCGCAGUUCCUAUCAGCGCCACCUUGGCCGCCGCACCUGCGAACGUGGAUGCGUUCCUCUCCCAUCUGCACCGCUGUCUGCAGACGCCUACAGGCAUUGAUCUCGAGGCGUCCCUCCAGUGCGUCCUUCAAUUCGUCUGCUACACCUCCCGCCUCUCGGCAGCGACCCUGACCAUCCUGGGCACCAACGCCCUCCGCCGCUCCGCCAGGGACAUCGCCCUGCUAGUCCUCUCCCUCCCCUCCCAGCAGAGCGCCGUGCUCCUCACAUCUGCCGCGGCGUCCCCCAAGACCGCCGCCUCGGCGCUGGCCCUACUCGUCGCUUCCCGCCUGCGCGCGCUCGGCGGCCUGCUCGCCGAGGCCCGCGUCGCGCACCGCCUCUGGGGCCUGCUGGGCAUGUACUUUUGGGCGCGCCGUCUGAUCGCCGCCUCUCUCCAGGCACGCAGGGCCAGGCAACAGCAGUCAUCCUCAGAAAAGGACCUGGCCAGCGCACAGCCGCAACCCAACUCAUCCGCCGUCGUGGCCCUCCAAUGGGCCCAGCUCCUGUCGUGCGCCGGCUUCCAGCUUCUCGAGAACGUGGCCUUCCUCUCGUCCAAGGGCGUGCUGGGCUGGGCGCCGGCCGAGCAGGCCAAGCUGGCUCGCUGGAGCAGCCGCUUCUGGGGCGUCUUUGUCGGCUUGGAGAUUGGCAGGCUGGCGUUCGAGGCGACCAAGGGCGCCGAGGUCCGCACCGCCGAGUGGAAGAAGACCAUGACGCGCUACGUCGCCUGGUCGCCUGUCAUCAUGCACUGGGGCUCCGAAAACGGUCUGCUGAGCGAGUUGGGCGUAGGCAUACUGGGCUGCAUCCCAAGCGUUAUACAGAUGAGGGACUUGUGGCAGAGCACCGCGACCGGUGCUUGA